CGUAGGCGCGGAUCCGACCGACCAACCCCCUUUUCCCUCGACCCGCCGCGCGCGCGCGCACACACACACACACACACACACGCGCACACACACCCGGACAGACUGGAGAGCCGGCGAGCGGCGGGACAACAACCCGAACUGCGACGAGCGGCUGCUGCAGCCCAGUGACCGAGGGCGGUGUGACACAGUGCGGAUCCCCCUCAUUGUGUGCAGCUAUGGGACCUGAGGACAGAGCCAGACCAGGCCCGGGCGGGACGGCGGCCCGCCCUGUGGCAGCGCAGGCCCACUCCGUGGCGACCGCGUUUGGAGGCAGCGAGGAGGGGCCCGACGCCCAGCAGGCCCCGGUGUGCACGGCGCGGCGCGUGCAGGCAGGGAGGCCGAGAGCCGAGAGCCGGCAUCACAAGGACACAACGCCGGUCCAGCUGCAGGAGAGGGAGGCCGAGCGAGGCUGCAGCAACCGAGGAGCCGCUUCCCUGCAAGCGGCGGCGCCCGCCACGCACAGGUCGGCGACCCAGCAGGCCCGGUACUGCUUCCGCAGCCCGGAGUCGGUGGAGAUGGACGAGAUCAUGGCGGCCAUGGUUCUGACCAGCCUGUCCUGCAGCCCGGGGGUCCAGAGCCCCCCGAAGAACGAUCCCGGGCCAGCCGGCUCCUCCUCCUCCGCCGACAUGGAGUGUGGCGGCGGCGAGCUCUCCGACAGCGGCAGCAGCGGCUACUGGAGCUGGGACCACGGCAACGUGAGUCCCGCCCCCUCGCCAUCCGUCACCGAGAUGGACAGCAGCCCGGACGAAGGCCUGCAGGUGGAUCUGGAGCAGGGGGACGAGCUCCACGCCAAAAAGCCCAAGAGCUCCUUCAGAGGAGCCUAUAGGUGUCUGUGGCCCAGCUGUGGAAAGGUGCUCACAUCUUCAGUUGGAAUAAAAAGACACAUCCGGGUGCUGCAUCUGGGCAGUGGGUCGGAUCAGUCCCAGAGAGAAGAGGACUUCUACUACACCAGGAUCUCCUGUGAGGCCGUGGACUUCAGCUCCGCCCCGGCUCCGGUUCUGGCUCCGGCUCCGGUUCCAGCUCCGGCUCCUUCCCAUCCAUCUCUGGGCCAGGCCUCGUCCUCCCCUCUCAGCUGGGCCUCCUGCGGUUCCCCUCCUCCCUCUGGGCUGCAGAUCCCACCAGCUCACAGGCCCAGGUCCAACUCCAGCUCCGAGGCCGUCCCGAACCGGGCCGUCCCGCUCAGCCAGUCGGCCCCCAGCAGCUUCUGGCAGAUCCACUCGGAGCACCUCUAUCAGGCCUGUAGCCCGGUCCAGGUAUCUGAGGCCUCCAGAAGCCCCAGCUGCCAGGGUUGGACCCCUUCCACCGCCAUCUCCGGCCACAGCAACACUCCGGUGGUGAAACCUCGCUGUCGGUCCGUCAGCGUCGGGGAACAGUGGCUCCAGCAGAACAGGCUGCAGCCAAUCAGUGUGUCUCCUUUGCGCACCCACUGCUCCUUCAGAAAGGGUCGCGGCGAGGCCAAAAAGUGCCGCAAGGUGUACGGAGUGGAGCGCAAGGACCAGUGGUGCACCGCCUGCCGCUGGAAAAAGGCCUGCCAGCGCUUCCCCGACUAGAGACUGCUGAGUGAUGAGAGGGAGGCGUGGAUGGAUGAGUGGUAAAAAAGAGACUUUUAUCAAAAAGAGGAUAUAUAUCUGGGCCUGAGAGCCAAAAAACACACUUUUGUUUUUUUACGUUCAGGCUACAUCCACUUUAAUGCGUUUUCAUCCUAAGGCGCCGGGUAACGUUGGUGCCGCCACAUCAAACUGAAAGUCUCCUUCUCAGUAAAUGUGUCGUAGCUUGUUUCUGCACAGGGCUCGUUUAGCAAUGCAGCAUUUAAUGAAUACGAGAUAUGAGUUUACCUCCCGGUGUCUGUGGGGGAGUCCACAGGUUACACCUCCACUCUGGUCACAUCUCUGGGUUACACUUGUCCACCACAGAUCCCGCCGCCGCGUUGACUUUAUCUCCUUCCCUCCAUUUCUGUCAAAUGUACAGCGCCACUCCGUCAGCCGCCGACUUCUUAUUUCACCGUCUCCAAGCACAAACACAAACUAACUGCACAGUUUGUAGAACUGUGAUCACGAUUUCAUCACUUUCAACAGGUAAGAUACCACAUCCGGGCAGUGAGAAAGUAGGGUGGUCCCAGGCCUGACCCCCCGCCACUGACCCCGUCCCAGCAGAAAAGAUUCACUUCAUCCGAUCUGUGUCUCAAUCCAGUGGGCUGCAUCCUCCUGAGGACCCGGCCUUCAUGGUCUACCUGGGUCCCGGGUCCUCCAACAAGCACAUAGGCUGAACCAGACCACUGAGAGAAGAGAAGCUUCUUAUUCCAUUUUAUUCAGGAAUCACUGCGUCACCUGCGGAGCACGAUGUAUUUCAAUAACGCCAUUUUAAAUUAAAAUGGGUUGAUGUUGCAGUCUUAAGGCAGCGGAAAUCAAUCAAUACAGUAAAAAAAAAAAAAAAGAACACAGCAGCAAACACAUUUAUCAACUCGUAGACAGACGUUUUAAUUUCUUCUUAAAUAUACGAGCUAAUUUAAUCUGAAUGUCACCACACACAUGGUUCUUCCUCCUGCUCCAUGAAACACAACUAAACGUAAAGUUCAUGAUCACACAACUGCAGCAAAGCAAGCAGCUCCAGUUUAUUGGUGUUUUUACUCCCAACGUCUGUAACGUUGCUGACUUAGAAAGUGAUGUUUCAGGUUCACAACUUGAAUCCAUUUCUGUUCAUAAUGUGAAGUAUAAACUACAUAUAAAACCGUCACAGCCUCAGUAGGACGUCAGUGAACCUCCAUAGUGUCACAGUUAAACUUUUCACUGAUAACUUCAGUGAGUUACGUUUAAAAGUGAACUCUCACCUGCCUCCGUCCUGAAUGAGUUAAAUCCUCGUCGGCCCGCACUGCAUGCUGGGAUAUGCUGGGAAAGGACAGAUCAGACGUGUCCUGCACACCGGCUCCUGGAGGACCGAGACAACCGAGUCGCAGCCGAAGUGACGUGUGACGGCUGCGUCCUCAAGGAUGCAGCCCAGCGGGAUUGAGACACGCCCGAGGUCAUUGGGGUCAUGCGGACUAGGACAUGGGGUCAUGGGGUCAUGCAGUGGUGAGGUUGCAGAUUGCAACUGAUUGGAACUCUGCAUAAACAGCUUACUUCAAGCAAACAAAACCAUCAUUUUUCAGGCGAUUAUUAAAUAAGACGUAUUAACAUUACAAGUCCUAGCUAAGAAAUCUGCGGCGUCCCUGUUCUUCAGACCGCCGAGUAGACGCCCGGCUUCCUGUUUACGGCCAGACGCCCGGCGCAGGUGGAGGUUCAUGUGACGGGCGUCGGUUUGGUUGGAGGUCACUUCUAGAAACGGUGCUAAGACGCUCGCGUCCACAGGCGCGUUGGAGUGGAUGUAGCCUCUUUCCUAAAGAAACGCUGAAGGACUUUUCUGUAUCUUUGUAACUUGAUCCUGAAGUCUGCGACGGUGCUAACUGCUGUCUGACUUUGGUCACGUGAUGUGCUAAGCCUACAAUACUCUCCUACUUUAUCCAAAGGUUCCUGUUACUACCUGUAGCUCCACUGUAUUACCUGUUGUCUUUAUCUCCUCUCUUCCAGUGGUUACACAGUGGUCAUGAUCUACAUUAUAUCGUGUGCUUUGAGUUACGUACAAGUAUUUAUACCUUGUUUUUUUAUGGUCUCGUUCCGCCCGUGUACUGGGCAGACUUUCUUUUGUUAUUCUUCAUGUUUUUUGGCACUUUGUUGGACUAUAAACUCACAAGAAUAAGCUACAUUUGGUUCGACUGGACCAAGUUCCUGUUUCCUUCCUGCCCGUCUGUCGGCGUACGACCAGUGUUAAUGGUUCUCAAGCUAUGGAGUCACGGCAGCCGGACUUGCAUUAGGAAAGGAGUUUGUAAUAGCAAUAAAACCAUUUAAAAAAAGGAAAUAUAUUGUCAAACACAAAUUAAAAAGCACUGAGGAUUUGAAAA